AUGGCAGACUGGAAUCACACAGGUGUGAAGGAAUUCCUUCUGGUAGGUUUAACUGAAAAUUCUAAAUUGCAGGUCCCUCUCUUUCUGCUUUUUUUCUUUAUUUAUUCUAUCACUCUGAUAGGCAACUGGGGGAUGAUCAUAUUGAUCUGCCUAAAUGCCCAGCUGCAUACUCCAAUGUACCUCUUCCUCAGCAACCUCUCUUUUUGUGAUAUCUGCUACUCUACUGUCUUUGCUCCUAAAAUGCUAGUCAAUUUCCUUUCAGAACACAAGUCCAGCACCUUUACUGGAUGUGUUCUACAGAGUUUCUUUUUUGCAUUGUAUGUAACCACAGAAGGCGUUCUCCUGUCUAUGAUGGCUUAUGACCGCUAUGUAGCAAUAGCCAAGCCCCUAUUAUAUACAGUCAUUAUGACCCAACGGGUUUGUAUUCAGAUGGUUCUUUUAUCUUACUUGGGAGGGCUCAUUAACUCCCUGACACACACAAUAGGUUUGUUAAAACUCGACUUCUGUGGUCCUAACAUCGUGAAUCAUUAUUUCUGUGACAUUCCCCCUCUUCUGAAGCUCUCUUGUUCAGAUGCUCAUAACAAUGAAAUGCUGCUUUUGAUAUUCUCUGGAGUCAUUGCAAUGUUCACUUUUAUUAUCAUCAUGGUCUCUUAUAUUCACAUCAUGAUUGCCAUCCAGAGAAUCAGCACAGCUGAGGGAAGGUACAAAGCCUUUUCCACUUGUGCCUCCCAUCUGACAGCUGUGACCUUAUUUUAUGGGUCUGUGACCUUCAGCUACAUCCAGCCAAGCUCUCAGUAUUCUCUGGAACAGGAGAAGGUCUCUGCUGUGUUUUAUACAUUGGUGAUCCCCAUGCUAAACCCACUGAUUUAUAGUCUGAGGAAUAAGGAUGUGAAAGAUGCAGCAAAAUGGUCAAUAUGGCAGAAGAGAACCUCCACUUGA